UACAUUAUAUGUAGCUCAAUGCCAGAAGGGUACGUACAUGGUUGUGGACAAAUGCAGGUAUUGCCCGGUGGGCCAGUACCAAAACGCGACUGGUCAGAACGCAUGCGUACCGUGUCCUAGCAACCAGGCCACGUGGACCGUAGGCAGCAGAGAUUCGACGGAGUGUUUUGUUCCGCCCCCUAGUCCCUUGCAAGAGGACACCGCAUGGAUUCUUAUAGUGGCCGUCGCGGGUGGGGCGGGUUUCUUGGUCAUGGUCAUGACGCUGUGCGUUGCGAGAUACCUCUACGUCAGUGGCCGGGACCGGAAGCGGUAUGAUCUGGAAGUGGACGAGAUCUCCCUCUACACAGACUUUCCGGACCUUUCCUACAACACCUUCUUCAAGCGCCGCCAAGUGGUCGGUUUCGACUCAGAUGGAUUUCCGGUUGUUAAAAACUUCAGGUCACAUAAUGGCGACGUUAAACAUUCUAUAGAUGCACAAGAAGACAGCGAGGACGAAGAAUCAGUCAGCAGCGAGCUGCAGAUGUCGACAACAAGAGACCACUUAGCCUACCCGGAACCGGAAGGCUCAGAGACGCCGUUUUCUUAUGACCCUUGCAGAGCGGCGUGGAAUGAUAACUACGUGAUCCCGUACGAGUACCCCGUGAUGGAGCAGUGGGACUUCCCCAAGAUAGGCCACCCCAUGAGAUACCGCAUACCCGGCCGCACGCAUCUGCAAAAUAUAUAUCCGUUGCAACAGUUUGGUCUAAUGGGGGAGUUCUGUUCACGCACGAGAAAAGAGCCUCCGCUUCCCGAAAACUUACCGGUCUCAAACAAGUUACCACAGCUAAUGCACAGACCGGAAGAAAAGUUAUCAAUGAAACAGAUAUUUAAACAGGCGUUUGGCAUAACAUCACCACACGAAGAAGAACACGAACAGAUGAUAGAAAUCAACGCAAAAAGGGCUCUGUUGGGCAUGCCUCAGAUGCCGCCGUUGCCGUUUAAGAACAAGCCAAGCGAGCCGAAAUUCGAGCAUCCUCCAUCGAAACCGUUGUUGGAUCCGAAACCGUUUUUAUGGACGCGACCUGCACGAGGACAACAUGUUAUAGACAAGGGACCAGACGAUUAUGAUCGCCAAGAAAUGGCACUCACAAAAAAGAUUCUUCCAGCGAUACGUACAGCGUCGGUUCUAACGCCAAAAUCUGUAAAUGAUUUAACCAAUUCUCCAUACCGGACAACCGUGAGGAAAUCUUCCGACAAACCUGUGAUAAAUGGAGCUACCCAGUCAAAACGCAACAAUAGUUCUAACCAAGAAUACACCAAACAAAUCCCACACACAAAAGAUCCAACUUCAGCUUCCACCCCAAUUGAUGCUAUCAUAUUGGGUCGACAGAGCGAAAACGUGCCAUCAGGUCGAAAGUCUGUAACAAUUCACGAAAACUUCACACCGCGGAAAAGGCCAUUGACCCCGCUUUCCAUUCGGCGGCCAUCUUUCUCCAAUAGUUCCGCGAGCGAUAUAAGUAAUACAAGUACUUCCAAUCUACCUUACUCAACCAAUACGAAGACAUCGGUAGACGCUGUUAAAACCAUACCUUUACGACCGGUGGCUUAUCUUCCAUCGGACGCCACGGAUACGUACCAGCCCGUUUCCGUCACUAAAAGGUCUCUCACUCCGUUGAAUAUCCCAAAGCCUAUCCUUCACCCUGAAGUCGCCGCAAAACGAACCGUUCCUGCACGACCGCUUGCUUAUCUUCCAUCAGACGCGGCGGACACUCACCAGCCUAUGUUGGCUGCUGGAUACACGUCCCAGCCUAUGUCGGUCAGUGCGGACACGUCCCAGCCUAUGUCGGUCAGUGCGGACACGUCCCAGCCUAUGUCGGUCAGUGCGGACAACUCCCAGCCUAUGCCGAUCGUUGCGGACUCGUCCCAGCCAAUGUCGGUCGUUGCGGACACGUACCAGUCUAUGUCGGUCGUUGCGGACACGUACCAGACUAUGUCGGUCGCUCUUUCACCGGUCACUGAGGACACGUACCAGCACAUUUCCGUCACGAAAAGGUCUCUUACUCCCGUGGAGCACCCAAAGCCCGUCCUUCACCCUGGAGUCGCCGUAAAACGAACCGUUCCUGCACGACCGCUUGCUUAUCUUCCAUCGGACGUUGUGGACACGUCCCGGCCAAUGUCGAUCGUUGCGGAGAAGUCACAACAAAAGUCGGUCGUUUCGGACAUUUACGAACCAAUGUCGUUUGUUCCGGACACGUACUUGCCUAUGUCGAUCGCUCGUCUACAAGUCGCUGCGGACACGUACCAGCCAAUAUCGGUCACGAAAAGGUCUAUCACUCCCUUGGAGCACCCACAGCCCGUUCUUCACCCUGGAGUCGCUGUAAAACGGACUGCUUACCACACGCCGUCCACUCCGAACGAGCCGCUGAAGUGUAUCCGUCCGCCUUCAAGCUUCCGGUACAGUCUCGUACCCACACCAACCUUCGUGAACGAGCAAGACUUUGCUGCGAGGAGAAGACGGGACAUUGAGUCACGUGUUAGUUAUGACAUGGACGGGGGGAUUGAAACGCUUGUUGGUGGUCAAGGCUUUACCAUGACGUCGCAACCGCCUGAAAGCACCGCGCAACCCGGCCGGAAAGGUUAUCUACGGCCAUGAAAACAGCGAUGGUUUUCUCUCAGAAACGUUAUAAAUACACUUAUAAAUGGUUCUAUGCAGUGUAUACUUAAGCCCAAAGCGUCAUUUUGGUUAUUAUGGACUUACAACACAUUUUUAAACGCAUUAUUGACAUUGCUUAUCAUAAUUAAUUAAUUAUAGAACAUUUUAUCACAUGCUAUACCAUG